GACUAGAUCAAGUUUCCUCUGGCUUUUGGACUUUUUUCCUGUGACUUUAAUGCUGCCCCUCAGGAUUUGCAUGUCUUUUCUCAUUUGUUGGUUGAAUCCUUUUGCUCACGUUGGAUUGGUUCACAUUUUGUUCUCACUUCCUCUUCCCGUCCCUGCUGUAGUCAGAUCAUGAGACUUUUGGUGUGAUCAAACCCUAAACCAGAACCUCCCUCUGCAGCUGUCACCUCGGUAAAUCAGCAUCUUUUACAGUAAGUUAGAUCUUUUUGAGCCAUUUUAAUGUUUUUUUACUGGUCCAUCUACUGGUUGUCAGGUAGAUCAUGGAGCAUUAAGAGACAAAGAGAAAGUUAUUGGUGUGAUAUGCAGAAUAUAAAAAAUGCAAAUGAUUUUGUUCUGGUAGCGUUUUAUAUUCCAGCUGAAGCUAAAAACAAUUUAUUUUAGUCAUCUCUAGAAAAUUUGCAGCGCCGUAAACGCUGAUAGGUUCCUGUUUGUGUAAAGAUGAUGUCCGCUCCUGCCAAGGCACUUCUGCUGCUCAUCCUGCAUCUGAUCAGCCUCGUGUCUGGGCUGCGGGUCACCACACCUUUCUCCCAGGUGCCGUUCCUCACCGUGUGGAACGCUCCCACAGAGAGCUGCUUCCGUCUGUAUGGAGUGGACCUGGACCUGGGGAUGUUCAGCAUCAUCCAGAACCAGAAUCAAACCUUUAUGGGUGGAAACAUCACUAUCUUUUACUCUGAUAAGCUCGGUUUGUACCCCAGAUACAUGGACCAAAAGGUGGCCGUUAACGGAGGGGUUCCACAGAACAGCAGCCUGGAGGAGCAUCUCAGCGUCACCCGUAAAAACAUCAGCACUCUUAUUCCUGGAAAAGAUUUCCAGGGCCUGGCUGUUGUGGACUGGGAGAGUUGGAGACCUGUGUGGAAGAGAAAUUGGGACACUAAACAGGUGUACUGGGAGGGCUCGAGAGCACUGGUGAAGGCCAAGCACCCAGACUGGAGUCCUGCUCAGGUUGAAGCUGCUGCUCAGGCGGAGUUCGAGGACGCUGGGAGGAAAUUCAUGGCAGAAACAUUAAAACUGGGGCAGGAGAUGAGGCCAGAUGGUUUGUGGGGGUUUUAUGGUUUUCCCAACUGCUACAACUAUUACAACAACAAAACAUCCAACUACACUGGGGAGUGUCCAGCUGUGGAGCUGAAGAGGAACGAUCAGCUGAGGUGGCUGUGGAACGCCUCCUCCGCUCUCUACCCCGACAUCUACCUCGGCCUGGAGCUCCACAGCCUCGGCAGGGAAGUUCUCCUCUACGUUCAUCACCGGAUCCUGGAGGCCAUGAGGGCAGCAGAUCAGAUGACACCCUCAGAGCCGCUGGUCAUUUCCUAUGCCCGCAUUGUCUACACUUACUCUCUGAACUUCCUUUCUCAGGAACAUCUGGUCUACACAAUCGGGGAGAGUGCCGCUCUAGGAUCUGCAGGGGUGGUGCUCUGGGGGGACAGCACAUACUCCAAAUCCAAGGCCACUUGCAACGCCAUCAAAUCCUACAUCGAUGAGAUUUUGGGUCCUUACCUGGUCAACGUGACGUCAGCUGCAUGUCUCUGUAGCCAGACCUUGUGCUCCUCUAGGGGACGGUGCCACAGAAAGAACCUGAAGUCCAGGUCCUACCUCCACCUCGACCCUGCUCAGUGGAAGGUGGUGUCUGAGAAAACACCAGGGGGAGAGAUGGAUUACAAGGUUUUAGGACAGAUGGACAGUAGGAUGGUCCUGCUGAUGAAAUCCGAGUUUCAGUGUAGGUGCUUUCCUGGGUGGGGGGGCGAGGACUGCUCCAUAUCAACUCGUGGAUGAUGACUCAUAAAACGAAACAGUAAAUCUGGGGACAUGGCAGCCUGUCAUCUCCUGUGAACAAAAACAUCUUCCCUAACUAGGAGCUGAUUUAGGGAAUUUUAUGUGCUAUUUUUUGACCAUUCAUAGGUCAUUUCUCCAUCUUUUUACGUAAUUAUGAAUCUUUUUUAUAAAUGCCAGAUGAGAAUCGUCCACUGGCCUCAUGGGCAAAUGGAAAAGUAAAAGUUCUCAUUUCUCAUCAAGGGAAAAAUGCAACAAAACAUGAAAGGGGUCCGAAUUUCCUUCAGUACAAGCCCUGCAGAAAAGAUCUCCAAAAAAACAAAACACACGAUUCAUUCUUUCACAGUGUUUCUAAAUUACAGACAUCUAAAUUAGAUGUGCAGUUUCACUCCUAAUGUUCAUCGCAUGCAGAGUCGUUCAGCGAAAAGCUUCUUAAUUUCUUAAAAUAUUUUAUUUUAUUUUUUAUUGGAAAGCAUCAAAUAAGUCAAAAAUCACUUUAGUCUACUAUUUAUUACUUUAACCUUUUCUCCUUUUAUUACUCUGUAAUUUCCAUUAGAGGAGGAAUGUUGACCUCUGGGAUGAGAGUAGUUGUCUGACUGCUUGUGGGUUUACGGCCAGCAGGUGGUGCUGUGGCACAACUAACCAGAAGGCAAACAUCAAGGCCACAGCUGUGAAAGGGUUUAGUGCAUAAAAGAACAAAACUGACUGUUAGAAGUCUAAAUGUUCUUUAUAUCCUUCUCUGCUGCAGAAUGAAUCAGAGCUAAAAGGAGAGGUGCUGACUGUGACUCAGUUUUCGGUAACACUUUAGGGAACACAAAUUAACCAUUACUUAGCUGCCAAUUAAUAUGCAUUUUAGUGAACUAGUAAGCCUGAAUUAGUCAUUAUAAAGCUAUUAUUAGGUGCUUAUUACCAAUGCUGUAAUUCUAAUAUGAACAUGCCAUAAAUUAAGAGUUUUAUCAAAUAAGCCAUUCAUAAUGGUUUGUUAACAGAAAGUAAACGGUUUGUUGCUGAUUAACGCACAUGCUAAUUAGCUCAAAUUAAUAUGUGGCUUUUAAAGAAGUAAUUGAAGGGGAAUAGUUAUUAUGCAUUAAUACCUAAAAAUAUUAUGUUCUAGUAUUAUGUAGAUAAAUACCAAACUCCACAUGUUAAAAGAGCCUAAACAACAAUUAAUUAACUGCUUGUAAGCAAGAAUAUGUUCCCCAUUCUAAAGUCAGAUUUAGUUUAGUAUUAAUUAAUCACUUAAAGACAAGAAUAUGUUCCCCUUGAAUUACUUUGUUAAAAGCUACAUAUUGAUUCGAGCUAAUUAGCAUGUGCGUUAAUCAGCGACAAACCAUUUACUUUCUGUCUCUUGUUGGCUCGUUGUUCCCAUGUCCUGCGCGUGUUCAUUAUUAAAAGACUUUACCUGUCCCAGGUUGUCUGCGUGCCUGAUUCCUCCCCAACGUUUGGAUCCUUACAUCCGCUCCACUUACUAGCACGUCGUGACAGAACGAGCCAACCUACAGAAGGACCCAGCGGGGAGGUUAUCCCUUGAGAGGACCUGCUCCAGUUUCUCGCCAUGGACAACGGGCCGGCUCCUCUUCCUCCGGCAUCGCCUCACCGCGGACGCCGCCACCGAGCC